AUGGCUAGUACGAGUGCAUCCUCUCAACAUCGAUGGACAUAUGAUGUUUUUGUAAGUUUUAGAGGUGAAGAUAUCCGUAAAAGCUUCAUGGAUCAUCUAUUCAAAGAUUUCAAACAAAAAGGAAUUAAGGCUUUCAGAGAUGAUGACGAAAACCUGAGAGGAGAAGAGUUGCCUCCUGAACUGUACAAAGCCAUUGAAGAAUCAUGGUUUUUGAUAGUUGUCUUCUCCAAAAAAUUUGCAUCUUCGUCAUGGUGUUUGAGGGAACUCACAAAAAUCCUUGAGUGCAAGCGAGCUGGGGAGCCCAAACAUGAGGUCCGAAUUSUAUWUUAUGAUGUAAAGCCUGAUGUAGUGAGGAAACAAAYYGGGAGCUAUGCGGAAGCCUUCAUCAAACAUGAAAGUUCAAAUACAACCGAACAGGUUGCYAWAUGGAAGGAAGCUUUAYGCGAGGCUACCGACAUUAUUGGUUGUGAUCUCCAAGACUUUGCCAAYGGGUAUGAGUCCAAGCUCAUUGAUGACAUCUCCAAAGAUAUCCUUGAUAGGACAUGUAAAAUUAGAUCCUUGGAUGUUGGUGAGAAGCUCGUAGGGGUGGAUGACCAGAUAGAAGAAAUGAACUUGUCACGCUUCACUGGACCGGGUAAGGUGCACAUGCUUGGAAUAUGUGGUAUUAGCGGUGUAGGGAAGACAACUCUUGCCAAAGCUAUUUAUGACAAGAUGUCAAAACAUAAACGCAUAACAGAAGUCCAAAUGCAAAUUAUUAAUAGCAUCUUGAAAACAAGAGUUGAAACGUUAACGAAUGUGAAUGAUGGAAUCGAGUUAAUAAAGGAGAGGAUGGCAUCUAAGCCGAUCUUGCUUGUUUUGGAUGAUGUGGAUGAUCGGGAGCAGUUARAAGCAUUAGCCGGUUCCCMUGAUUGGUUUUGCCCCRGAAGUUUUAUUAUUUUCACCGGUAAAGACAAACAGUUGCUAAGGUCUCAUGAAGURGAUAACAUUCAUGACAUGUCRUUUUUACYRAUUCAUAAAGCCAGGGAGCUUUUUCAUUUGUAUGCUUUUCGCCAUAAGCAUCCUACAGGGGAUUUCAUGGUGCUCUCUAACCAAGUUGUGAAGUGUUUGCAAGGGCACCCWUUGGCUCUUAUAGUUUUGGGUAGUCAUUUGUAUGGCAARUCUAUGGAUGUGUGGCAAAGCGAAGUGGGUAUACUCCAAAAAUAUCCUGAUGCAGAGAUACAACAAAAGCUUAGACCAAGUUUUGAUGCGCUAGACUUCGAUAAGAAAAACAUAUUUCUUGAUAUCGCCUGCUCGUUCAUUGGGGAAGAUAAAGAUUUUGCGGYGAGUGUACUAGGAAGCAGUGCACAUGCUAAUAUCGAGGUUCUACUACAUAAGUCACUUAUUACGAUAUCUCAAGAUAAUAAUUCACUUCAAAUGCAUGACYUGAUUCAAAGCAUGGCAAGGAGAAUUAUACAUGAGGAAUUUGUGGUAAAGGAAGUGUGGAGCAGACUGUGGAGUUUAUCAGAGUUUCGUAAUGUAUUGAGCAAAAAUAAGGCAUUAGAAGGAGUGGAAGUUCUUGACCUUUCUCUAGAGCAAUCUAGUCGAAACGUUCACAUAGACGGUGAAGCUUUUGAAGAUAUCAAAAAUCUGCGGAUCCUAAAAAUUUCUUAUGGGGAACUCGGAAACUUUGUGGGGACUCUAAGGUUGAAAGUGAUGAACCUAAGGGGUUGUCGUAACCUAACAAGUACCCCUGAUUUCACAAGUAUUACAAAUCUUGAAGAGUUAAUUCUUGAAGGUUGUAUUAACUUGGUKAAAGUCCACCCGUCUUUUGGAAUGCUCAAGAAGCUUGUUGUUCUAAAUAUGAGAUAUUGCAAAAGUUUUAGGAGAUUCCCCUGCAAAGUCGAAAUGGAUUCUCUUGAAGUUGUGAAUCUCUCGGGUUGCUCAAAACUGGACAAACUUCCUGAAUUCUUUGGCUCAAUCCAGACGUUGAGGGAGUUCUCUAUUGAUGGAACCGCCAUAACUGAGCUUCCUUGUUCUGUAUUCUCUCAAUGCAACCUUCUAGUACUGGAAAUUGGUCGACGUGAAGAGAAGCGGUCUAGAUGGUGGGCUUCAAUUUCUCGACUUUCAUGGUUACCAAGUAAGAUACAAUAUCCCCAAAGUCAAAGUCUGGUAAUGCCUUCAUUGGCGAAGUUAUGUUCCUUACAGGAAUUAAGUUUUAGCCACUGCAAUUUAUUGGAAGUGUCUGAUAGCAUUGGAGGCUUAUCGUUUCUAGAAUCUCUAGAUUUGACAGGGAACAACUUCACUAGCUUUCCAGCUGGAUGUUUGAGUCGACUUCCUCGUCUUCGCUCCCUUUCCCUUUGUGGUUGUAAGAAGCUGGAAGUGCUGCCAGAACUUCCACCUAACCUUUACUUUUUGGAUGCAUCUGAUUGCACCUCAUUGUAUCAACCUCCACCUUACAGCAAUGUUGAUAUCCAUAAUUUGUAUUCCGUAUCAUAA